AAAAACCGAUUUAAAUAAAUUAAGAUUUAAGUAAUAAUAAUCAAAAAAAUUGACGUGAAGUAUACAACAUAAACAUAGAUCUUAAUAAAUUCAAAAGAAAGAAAGUUGUGCUUAGAAUGGAAUAAAAAGCAGAUUCACUUUCUUCUUGAAGAAAGAGAAAAGGAUGGAUGAAUUGCCAAAACUUUUUCAACUUCCGGGAACUAAUGAAGAAGAGGAACAACGAAAGGUGACAGUGGGUUGUAAAACAAAAAAAUUGCUAGAUAACGCUGCUGAAUCUCUUCUUUCAAGUCAAAAAGAUAUAUCAACAUUUACUACUUUACCAAGGAAUGUUACUCUCAUCAGAGUCAGCACCCAGAGCAGCAGUAUUGCCGGUGGUAUCGGUCGACAAGAUUCCAUCAGAAUAUUUGUAUAAUUAAUGAAAAACCUGUGGAUUCGAGUACGCCUAAAAGUAGGCCUAUGAGUAGAGCAAAAUCGAAAUUCGUGGAAUCAAAGAAACGCGGUCGACCAUCUAUGGAGUUCGAGGAAGCAAGUGAUCGAAUUAAGAGAAGAAAAGCUACUGAUUUACGUAAUUCACGAAGCAUAUCGGAGUUAUUGUUGAUUAUUGAAAUGAGCCUUCGUUCUUCUGGAGCCUUUAUUGCUGCCAGUAUCAUCAAAGAAAUUACAUCAACGACACCAACGCGAGCUGAUAAAUACAGAACAGCAUUAAAAUUAUCCACAAUUCUCGCUAUUAUUGAAAUGUCUGAUGAUGCUGCUCUUUCCGAUGUCGUUGAAGGAAAAUUAUCAAAAAAUCAGUACUUACUUAUUAGAAAUUCAAUGAAAAAACACAAUGCUCUUAUAUAUCCCACUUACGGGAUUUUAAAAGCCAAAGUUCGAUAUUACCCAAGAGAUGUUCAGGUAACUGAGACUCAUGCGGAAGUCAGUGUACAGGCACUUUUAAAUCAUACAUAGACAAAGAAUUUUACAUGUUCAAAAGGAUACCAUAAAAAUAUUAUUUCCGAAAAUUCUUAAAAAUGUCAAGUUGAUUUUAAAAUGGGAGUGUGAUGGUACUUCAGGGCAAAGCGAGUACAAACAAAAGUUUAUCGAUGAUAUUAGCACGGACGCUAAUAUGUUUAUUACUUCACUUGUUCUAUUGCAACUGGUUCCCAUGGACGAUAAAUUUCGAAAAGAAAUAGUAUGGAAAAA